AUGAGGCUCCCCGUGGUCUGCCUCUUGUGUUUGCUGCUGCUGGACUGCCUGGUGCUUCCUGACACUGAAUGCCGAAUCCUUGAGCGAUCCAUGGAAAUCAGAAAUCCUGAUAUUGAUCCUUCCUGGUAUACAGGGCGAGGGAUCCGACCUGUUGGACGGUUUGGUAGAAGAAGAGCAGCUGGGGAGAGAGGCCAGAAAUCCAUCUACAGGCAUCAGCAAGCUUGCUUCCCUAUAGAAGAUAGCAAUGAAUCUUUGCAAGAUGAAUGA